AAGGCAGCUCUCUUAGUUGUGUGCGUGCCUUCCCGGCGGGCUGCAGAAGGUCGCAGUCCGUACUGUGAGCGUGUGGGUGCAGGCUGGACUGCUGAGCGCGCGCCGCAUGUCUUGCCACAGGGCAAAGGUAAGCAGUCAGUGCGCGCUGACAGCACAGCUCCGUCUCCGGCACACUAUUUUUGAAUUUCACAACAGUUUAUCUGGCCGUGUUAGCAGAGCAGUCUCCAGCAAUCUCCAGCAGCACAGGGCAGCAGGGCUGCUGUUGUCUUGUCGCUUCACCUCUCCAUACUGCCAUGGAGAGAUGAGCCACGCGCAUGCUACAGGCUCAUGGACCUUUUAAAAUGACCAAAGUAUAACAGGUUGCCAUCCUAGACAAAGGAAAAAGACUAGUAAAUACUUCUCUGUGCGAGCACAUUUGGCCAGCUGCUAGUCUCAACCGAUUUCAAGCAGCCUCCUGCAGGUUUCCCUCUCCUCCGCUCCAUGAAUGGUGCGCACUGUUCAGCAGCUGCGGUUUGGCUCCGUAGGAAACAAGUCAACUGUGUACUCCAGCCUUCUUUUAGCAGGAACCUUUGGUGGCCUCCCACUCUGAAACCCCCUCCAACACCCACUGGAAGGUGUGAAGCAACCUUUGAAGGCCUCAGGGGUGCAGAUAGUCAGCAGUGGGCUGACAGAGAUGAAGACAUGUGCCAUGUUUCUGGCAGCUCUGCUGCUCCCCAGCAUCCGAGCAGUGUGUCCAGAUAAAGAGCCAGGACUGCAGCCAUGGAUGCCAGGGCACAGUGAAGACCACCGUGUAACAAUUGGUUAUGGCAGGAAGGUCCUUCUCACAUCUUCGGCCACGGUCCACUCCAUUGAGAUUCUCAAUGGAGGAAAGCUGGUGAUUGCUGACACCAAGAGGGCCAUGCUGCUUCGAACAAAACACAUUCUUAUUGGCAACAAAGGGGAGCUGCACAUCGGAAGCCCAGACUGUCCGUAUAAAGGCAACCUCACAAUCUCCCUUUUUGGAAGAUUGGAUGACAGUGAUAAGGAACACAGCUACUUUGGAAGGAAGUACAUUGGUGUGGGAACAGGAGGGACACUAGAGAUCCAUGGAAAAAAGAAACUGUCAUGGACGUUCCUCAACAAGACCCUCCACCCUGGAGAGAGCAACCAAAAUAACUACCUGUUCCAGAGAAGUUGGGGGAACCGAGGUAUCAUCAUCCACGUUAUCGACCCCAAGACUGGAGCUGUGCUGCAUAAUGACAGGUUUGACACAUAUCGUAGUAAGGAUGAGAGUCACCGCCUUGCUAAGUAUGUGGAUAGUGUGGAGGCGGGUCUCAUACUGGCCAUGGUGGUCAAUGACGAGGGCUCAAACAACUUGGAGGACUUGGCUAAAAAUAGCCUCUUCAGGCUGGGCAGCCAGCACAUCAGCAGUCUGGGAUUUCGGCAUCCCUGGACUUUUAUAGUGACAAAGGGUGACACUUCUUCUGCUGUGGAGGGUCAUGCUGUCUAUCAAGGAACCAAGUCCUCCUCAGAGGCCCAGAGCUCCUGUGUUUUUCAUUCAAGUUAUGGGGACCAUUUCAGCAUCACAGCCAGCAGUCAGUGGGUGCAAGAGGCAGAGUGGACAGAAUGGUUUGACAGGGAUGAUGAGAGGGGAUCUGGAGACUGGGAGAAGGUGUCUGACCUGCACGAGGCCUACCCAGACAGACUGUGUAGCAGUCCACUUGACAUCCAGGCUGAAACACAUGAUGGCAUACCAGCCAACCAGACCGGAGAUGUGAUCCACAAGAAUGACAAGGGCUACGGUUUUGUCUGCCUCAAUAAGGACCAGGCCCAUGGUCUUUGUCACAACUACAGGGUUCGCUUUCUUUGUGGAAAACUGGUUCGUCCACAGGCCUCAAUUUCCAUUGACAUGUUGUCGAACAGCAGCAUCCUGGAGCUGGCUGACCAACCAGAGGGCUGGGGAGCUGGGGAUAGGAUAGUGGUGGCCAGUACCGACUACUCCAUGCACCAGGCUGAAGAGUUCAUCUUGUUGCCUUGCCCUACCUGCACGUCAAACCAGAUCAAAGUCCAAGGUACGGCCCGCUUUAUCCAUAUGGGUGAGGAAGUGGACGGAGUGGAUAUGAGGGCAGAGGUGGGCCUGCUAAGCCGUAACAUCCUGGUCCAUGGUGAAAUGGAGCCUGGCUGCUAUGGCAAUGAGGCCUGCAAAUUCUUCAACUUCGACACUUUUGGCGGACAUUUGAAGGUCGAGCGAGGCUUCAAGGCAGUUCAUAUAUCAGGGGUUGAGCUACAGCACAUGGGUCAGCAGACAAUGGGACAUUAUCCUAUCCAUUUCCAUAUGAAUGGUGAUGUGGAUGAGAGGGGAAACUACGACCCCCCAACUACUAUCAGCGAUCUAUCCAUCCACCACUCCUUUUCCCGCUGUGUAACCAUCCACAGCUCCAAUGGACUGCUGGUAAAGGAUGUGGUGGGGUAUGACACUCUAGGCCACUGUUACUUCACUGAGGAUGGUCCAGAAGAGAGGAACACGUUUGACCACUGUUUGGGUCUGAUGGUGCGAGCUGGGACCCUGCUCCCCUCAGACAGAGACAGCAAAAUGUGCCGCAACAUCACUGAAGGAGCCUACCCAGGAUAUGUGGCCAACCCACGGCAAGACUGUAGCGCAACUUCAACUUUCUGGAUCGCCAACCCCAACAACAACCUCAUCAACUGUGCUGCUGCAGGCUCAGAGGAAACAGGUUUCUGGUUCAUCUUCCACCAUGUACCCACUGGUCCCUCAGAGGGCCUGUACUCGCCUGGACACACUGAACACACACCUAUGGGCCAAUUCACCAACAACAGAGCCCAUUCCAACUACAGGGCUGGAAUGAUCCUUGAUAAUGGAGUAAAGACUACGCAGGCAAAUGACAAGGACAAGAGACCCUUCCUAUCUCUAACUGGAGCCAGGUAUGGCCCCCACCAGGAUGCUGAUCCCUUUAAGCCCAGAGUCCCUGCUCUAAUCCAUCAUUUCAUAGCCUAUAAGAACCAGGACCACGGAGCCUGGCUGAGAGGAGGGGAUGUCUGGCUGGAUGACUGCCAAUUUGCUGAUAAUGGCAUUGGCCUCACUCUAGCAAGUGGAGGGACCUUUCCAGAUGACGAUGGCUCUCAUCAGCAGGUGAAAAACUCGCUGUUUGUGGGUGAAAGUGAAAAUCAUGGAAUGCCUCUCCCUGACAACAGGAUCUGGGGCCUCGGAGGCUCUGACCUUACUGGCAGAACUCUGCCACGUGGAAUAGAUUUUCCUAUCCGGGGCAUGCAGAUCUAUGAUGGUCCCAUCAACAUGCAGAAUUGUACAUUUCGGAAAUAUACAGCGCUGGAUGGAAGGCACACCAGUGCCUUUGGCUUCAGGCUCAACAACUCAUGGCAGAGUUGCCCCAACAAUAACGUCACUGACAUCACCUUUGACCAAGUACCUAUCGCAUCCCGAGUGUUUUUUGGGGAACCUGGUCCCUGGUUUAAUGAGAUGCAGAUGGACGGAGACAAGACAACAAUCUUUCAUGAUAUUGACGGCUCAGUCAGCGAGUAUCCUGGAGCAUUCCUCGUUAAAGAGGACAACUGGCUGCUCCGUCACCCCGACUGCAUUGAUGUGCCUGACUGGAAGGCAGCUAUCUGUAGCGGCCACUACGCACAGAUCUACAUCCAGACACGGAACCCUGCCAACCUAAACAUGCUCAUAGUGAGGGAUGACUACCCUGAUCGGCCACUGACACUGGAGGGUGCUCUGGGGAAGAAGAAACACUACCAGCAGUUCCAGCCGGUGAUCACACUGGCCAAAGGCUACACCAUCCACUGGGACCAGGCAGCGCCUGCUGAGGUCACCAUCUGGCUCAUCAACUUCAACAAAAAUGACUGGAUCAAUGUGGGGCUCUGCUACCCACAAGGCACCACCUUCACCGUCAUCUCUGAUAUCCACAACCGCCUAACCAAGCAGACUCGCAAGACCGGUGUCUUCAUGAGGACAACGCAGAGGGAGAAAAUCAACCACUCCCACCUGGCCAGAGGAUACUACUACUUGGAAGAAGACACAGGCCUGCUGUUCGUGAAGGUAAAGGCCCAUAACAACAGGGAACAAUUUGCCUUCUGCUCUGUCAAGGGCUGUGAGAGGGUGAAGAUCACAGCCGUCAUCCCAAAAGGCAGUCUACCAAGCAACUGCAUGGCCCAGGCCUACCCAAAACACGCUGAGCUGCCCAUUGUGGAUGUACCCAUGCCCAGAAAGAUACCCAAUAUCAGGCUGCACACACCAGAACACUUCCUGGAGGUCAAACUGGAGUCCUACAACACUCGAUUCUUCCACAUCAAGGAGGACUUUGCCUUUACUGAGGUGAAUGGCAGGAAGUUGUACCAACCAGAAGAUGGGGUGCAGUUGACAAUAAUUGACGGGCAUGACGGGAAGGUGGCUGAAAGCAAAGUCUUCAGGAACUCCAUCUUACAGGGCAUUCCUGCACAAAUAGACAACUAUGUCAGUGGACUGAGAGACGGUUCCAUUGUCCUCAUUACGUCCAAGGGCCGCCUGAUUACUAGAGGAUCAUGGACUAAAGUCCUGGAAAAACUUGGAGCAGACAAAAGCAUCAAACUUAAAGAUAAACUGGCAUUUGUGGGCUUCAAGGGCUCCUUCCACCCUUGCUGGGUCCAUCUGGAGGUGGAUACCGACCGAGCCAAGAUCCAUCAGGUUCUGCCUGUUCCUGUGGUCCACAAGAUGAAGCUAUGAGACGCAGGCACAGUGGGGAGGGCAGCCUAGAGCCUAUGUAACCCCCCGCUCUCUCUCUCACACACACACACGCACACACACAAAGUGCACAAAUACACAGAACAUAACUGCCAGACCCACACAAUCAGUUGCUCCAAGCUAUUGUUCAGGAUCAGUGGUGUUUUUUUCUGUUUGGCAAAGGAUGAUAUGAUUCAGUUUGUUGAAAAGGGAAAGACCCUCUCCCAGAGCAAGCACUGCCCACAAUGAACUGUGUCUGUGUAAGUAAGCAGUGGAUUUGGUGAGCUACUCCAACACGAACACAUCUGUUUUAUGAGCCAUCUGACAUGGACAUAAAUUUAGGCUACUUUCACAUUACAAGGCUAAAUGCUCAAUUCCAAUACUUUCCCUAGAUCAGACGUUUUUGCCUAGACUUUUCAUAUUUAUGUUUUAAAAGACUCAUAUCUCAUUUCAGUGUGAGUCUUACCAGAAAUACCUCACAUGCAGCCUAUAACACAUGCAUGUUGGAACAGCAACAACAAUUGUCAUAUUUGUGAGUCACAGGCAUUUUGAAAAAACAAAAAGAAGAAGAAUGACAUCGUGAUGGCGGUCAUCUCCUGAAUGAUUUCCUACAGAGGUCUAUUGACAAUUUGUCAUAGAGAAUGAGGGUGAGAAGACAAAAGGAACGCAAAAGCCAUAGCUAUAGCUCGAUGAGCUACUAUUGAUCAGGAUUUAGAAGUGUUGGGGCAAUGGAAGAUUCAUGAAAGAACAAACUUUAGGAUGUCCACAACUAAAUUCCAAUAUCUCAUUUGGCACCUCACAGCAAGGCUAUCACUCAAAAUGUAGGCAAGCUGUCCCUGUCAGAAAGUGUCUGGGAGCUGGGCAAUAAUGGCUGUUCAGUGGGGCAGCAUACCGCAGCUGUACUGUUAUGGCAGCCUACUGUAGUUUCAACAGACCGCUCAGUGGAAUCUGUCUACUGACUCACUUUUCUCUCACACACUAAAAAAGAAAGGCAUUUCACUUUAGUGUAAAUUUCAGUGGUGGGCCCUCUGAGAAACAGUGAUGCAAACUGGGUGCCAGCCGUGAGCAUCUAGGGAUAUUGACCAUAUGUUGCAAUUAGCUGUCUGUGACACAGCAUGGCUCCCGACCAGGUGUGGACAUACCCAGUGUGAAUGCAAGGUCAGGCUAAAUCGAAAACAAAGUUGUUUUUGCCAUCAGACCAAACCUAAAGGCAUAAAUGUUUGCAGCUCUUCUGAAUUAGCCCCAUGUAAAUGUGGUGCAAAAAACUUCUGGUCAUAAAGAGCAUCUCUUUGCAAUAAUUUUUCAAAUGGGAAUAAUGGUGCACCCUCUCUUCUAAGGAAGUCAUGCUGUUACAAACAUGAAGGACAUGAUGGCAACAGUUGUGUGAAUAAUGGAAAAAAGAGAGCUGAGAGAAAAAUGCUCCCCUUAAUCAUUGGUGUUUUCCAAACAUAGGAUGAUAUGAGCAAGUUGAGGAUGCAGACUGAGAUAUUAGUGAACACUUAAGAGUCAAGAAGCAAAAUAUGCCAGAUGUCUCUUACCUAACAACAUCUUCAAGCUCCUCCUCAUCAUCUCAAAGCUUUUUUUUCAGGCCAAAUGGGGUACGUAAAGCCUCCAGCCUUCUCUGAUUGUUUUUAUUUUUGACACUACUCUUUGCAUUGGCACAGAACACUGGACAGAAACAUAAAUGCGAUCACAAAGAGUUGUGUAUAGUUGAGGUCCCUAGCAGACUGGGUUUGCCUUUUUUCCCCACAAUAAUCUACAUUAAGAAAGAAACCUAAUAUAUAUGUUUAUGUACUUUUACAUUGAUCAUUUCCAAGGAUCUCUUUUUCCAGCCUGGUUGUUUGAUAUUUAUAUAACUGCUGGCCAAUUCUCUAAUAGACUGUCAUGCAAAUGUAAAGCCUGUAUAUGAACAGAGGGAGGAAAUUCUAAGAUUACUAAGUGUGUUAGCUAAUCAUGUUUAAUGUACAUGCAUCAUUGAGCAUUGGUCUCUAUGGUAUGUGACAGCUGUAAACGUUGAGUGGUUUCUUUGCUUGGUUUUAAGCCUGUCUUUUUUUCCCACUAAACUGUUAUAAGAAAGAAUAGCGAAGAGGAAGAAAAUCAAAAAAGUUUUGCAUCCACACCAGAGGUUUGUAACUUGCUCUGUUUCAUUCCGAGCACUGGCUGACUUGAUAUUGUGAUGUUUUCUUCCAAAUUCAGUGUUAAUCUGUGUUUUGGAGUAAACCAGCAAGAUGACAAUAUAAUGGAUUAAAUUAAAUUUUCCAUUGACUGCUAAAUCAGGGAAUUUUUAAAUGUGCAAUUUCUCCAUUAAAAGGACAAAGGAACCUUUGUUUAAAUCUGGAGGGAAAAAGGAUUUCCCAUCCUUCGCUAAAAUAGCUGGUCUUUUUUCGGAGGUUGUAGCAGUAAUUUAGUGUUUUGUAUGUUUACUGUGUUUUUAAAAAUCCACAGAUUGCUAAGAGAUAUAUUUUAUACGUAUUUAUUGUACAGACACAGUUGAUCCAAAUCUACAAAGGUCAUCUUUUAUGUUGUAAUGUUUUUACUGUCCUGUACGUAUAUUGUAUGUAAGAAACAAUUAUCGCUCCAUUAAAAAACAUUUGUACCAGAAUUUCAUUAUGCAUACAUGCAAAUGAGUGAGUAUAGUUGGCUCGUUUUAACUGUACACCAAAAUGAAUAUGUUGUAUAUGUGUUUUGGGAUUGUAAAGUAAUGAAGCUUGAUGACUUUGAAUUUCUUUGAGGACUUUUGUACAGAAAUAAAUGAUGAGAUCAGUGUUUGAAUGUCA